AUGGCUUCGAUAUGGAUUGACCCGACCAGACCCAUUCUCCGCCCCCGGAGGCUCGUGACGGUCACCACAGGAAUUUGGAAUACCUGGACCGGUGCGCUUUGGCCAAUGGGCCACGGCGUUGUGGGGUACAAUGCGGAUGAUAUCCGACAAACGGUCGAACGUGACGAGCUCUCAAAAUAA